CUCUCCCUCUCGCCUCCUCCCUCCUCUCGUUUGCUCUCCUCUCUGCAGUGCACGCUGGCUGAACUCCACUCCCAAAACUUUCUUCUCACACGACUGCGAGCGUCUGGCUGCGCUGUUUUGCACGUUAUAUGUAUUUACUUUUGAAAAGGGAUGCAAGGUGAGCACAGGCUGCACAGUGAGCGCGCACUGAGGAUCCCGGAGGAGUGAACGUGGAGGAGAGGCGCACCAGUAACUGAGCAAAACGUUGACUCGUAAGCAGCAGUGUCGCUCAAUUAGGCCUCCUCCCCUCUGGCUGCAGGAGCCGCUCAGGGGCCCACACGCUCGGAUGCAUUUAUCACUGGAUACCAUGAGCAUGGUGGACGACAGCUGCCUCUCGCCCAGCAACUUCCACGACUUGGCCAAAGGCGGAGGCAUCACGGUGGGGGGCCACGUCCACAGCAUCGACGUCAUUCUGGGAUUCAGUAAAGAACAGGAUUCCUUGCUCAGCCCCGCCGGCAUCCCGGGGCCUCAGAAGGUGGCCGUCGAGGGCCUGGCGGAGCCUGGGAAGCAGUACGAGUCCCACCCGUCCUACAGCGGCCACCUUGGACCUCUUCAAGACGAUAGCUCAGAGCAGCAGCACGAGUAUCAGGAUGCUGACCUGUUUAGCAAAAAAUGUGAGGAGGAACUGAGGAAGAGCAUCGAGAGCGACGAGGGAAAGUCACCCGAGCCGUGCAAGGACGAUCAGCCCAAGAAGAAGCACCGGCGCAACCGAACUACCUUCACCACCUACCAGCUGCACGAGCUGGAGCGUGCCUUCGAGAAGUCCCACUACCCUGACGUGUACAGCCGAGAGGAGCUUGCCAUGAAGGUCAACCUCCCCGAAGUCCGAGUUCAGGUGUGGUUUCAGAACCGAAGAGCUAAAUGGAGGCGUCAGGAGAAAAUGGACGCCAGCACCAUGAAGCUCCACGACCCGCCGAUGCUGUCCUUCAACCGCCCGCCACCGGUCCACACCACCAUGGGACCCAUGAGCAACUCCCUCCCGUUGGAUCCGUGGCUGACCUCCCCGUUGUCCAGCGCCACGCCGGUCCACAGCAUCCCGGGAUUCAUGGGCCCGGCUCAAGGCCUCCAGCCCAACUAUCCCGGCCACGGCUUCCUCAACUCCAGCCCUCAUCCGUCCAUGGGUCAGGGAAUGCAGAGUGUGGCGCCGCCGCCUUACCAGUGUCCGGCGCCGUACCCCGACAAGUUCCCGCUGGAGGACAUGGACCAGCGCAGUUCCAGUAUUGCUGCACUGAGGAUGAAAGCCAAGGAGCACAUCCAGUCCAUGGAUAAAACCUGGCUCCCCAUGUGAUGAACAACAGGGAGUGUGACACUGAGUGGCUCCACCGAGCGCUGACACGGUUGCCUGAUGCCAGGGACGUUACCCACAAUGCAAAGGAAAAGGAUUCUAAACUGAGGAUUUAGAGACUUUCUUUUUACAUUUUUAUUAUUCUUUCUCUCUUUUUUUUUUUAAUACAUCUCAAGGACAUAAAGUGGAUUGGUGAUGUGUUUUUAAACUGCCCUUUUUGAACGUGCGGCCAUAUUUUCAUUACAAUCAAUCCGGCUACUAUGUCGUACUUUCUGCAGUUCCUUUUCUUACGUUCACCCAUGACCCUCUAGCUUUCCUUCAUCCCUAAAUUGCGUGUUGUUGUUUUUUUUUCUCCGUUUUUACAAAUUGCAUCCAAUUGACAACUUUCUAAUGGGCUAAUCUGAAUGUAAAGUCUAAAGGAGUAUUAGGGCCACGCUGAGAAGAUUAACUUUGUUUGGACAUUAACACUUUAAAAAAGAAAUCCCAACCAAAAAUAGACUAUUCUGUCUAGUCUUGUUUUCAUUAAGUUACUAAGGUAUGCCUUUUUUUGCGCUCAUUAAAUACAUAUUUCUCAUAAAGUUAUGACUAUUUGAAAAAAGACUAUGAUGAACUUUUUCCUCAUAACACGAUGGGUUUAUUCUUCUAAAAUUGUAACUUUAGUCUUGUAAGAUUAUUGGAGGUAAAAAAUUAUUUUCCCCCCUGAAAAGGAGUAUUUUGACAUUUUCAUAAGACUUUUUAACUCCCCAAAAUUGUCUUUUUCUUGUAACACUAUAACUUUAUUCUCAUAAUUUUGUUUUUUUAAUUCUUAUACCAUUACAACUUAGGUUGUCAUUAAAUUAUGAAUGUGUCCCUCCUUCCACCCCCAAAACCUUUUUCUUAUGAAGUUAUGAAAAAAAUAUAUUUUUUAAAAUGUUGGCUUAAUUUGUUGUUUUUUUAAUAUAUGAAAUUACAACUUUAUCCCCAUAAGAGUACGGCUGUUUCUAAAAAAAAAAUACAAAUAAAAAAAUGUGACGUUUCCCCCUUAAAAAUGCAACUUCAUCUUUUGUCAUAUUAGUACGUCAACAUUUUUCAUGAAAGAAAAGUACCUUUUUCCCCUCAUAUGAUUACAACUUUUUGUUUGUUUUUUCAGUGUGCACUGAUACUCCUUUUUAGGUCCGUCGCUGGGCUGGUUCCUUAAAAGUUGUUUUGUUUUGUUUUCUUAUGUUUUUACAAUUAAGGAGCAUACCUGUAUAUUUAUGGUUCUGGAGAAGGUACAACAGUUACUUGUGUGUACAAUAAUUAGUCCUGUGGUGGGUACAUUAGUAGAGAUGGUACCUUCAGGGGUAGAUAUAGAUCACUAGUGUACCCCUAUUCCUCACAGUGUGGGUGCAUUUAAGCCUGCUGCUCACUGAUGGCAAAAAAAAUAAAUAAUAAUAAUCACUUUCUUAAAAAAAAAUAAUUGUGUAAAGACAAUAAUUGCUCUAAGGGUGGCAGAUUCUGAGGUACGACUGCACCUUCUAAGUGGGAAUAUACCAAAAAAUAAAAUAAAAAUCAUGCACAGUUGCUUUGUUGGUGUGCUGUCAUGCUUUAACGAGAGAGGGAUGGAAUGUAGCAAGUAAAAAAAAAAAAAAAAUGAAGAAGAAGCCUGCAAGAAAAAAGAAACCAACAACUGUUUUGCUUAAUUUCUUGUGCUUGAGUGGCUGUUAGAGGAGAAAGGCUGUUGGCAGCUCAGUAUUGGGUGGCUGCGUGUACGUGCGGGGCAGCACUGUGUGAUGCGUCACCCCGCAUAGUUCAGCCUUUGUUCAGCACAAUUGAUCCAAGUGUAUUCUCUUUGUCUGCACUCUAGGGGGGGGGCGGUCUCAGGCAGCACUAAAUAGGCCCUUGUAACCAUUUGUGUUUCUUUCUCAAUCAAAAGAGGGGAAGCAUCGAUUGGAGCUGCUAUGAUCAUUAGUGACACUAUAUUGGUCUCGUCCAUCUGUCCGAGUUUGGCUCCAGUUAUGACAAAAUCACAAAUUUAAUGGUUGGAAUAUAACUAUCGAUCGGUUGCUCUUUUUUUGCAUUGUACGGUAUGUUCUUCUAUUGCGGGUUAUUGCUUCUUGCUGUCUGGACAUCUGAUUGGACCUCCAACUGUGGACAAAAUGAGGAUUACCUUGCACAAAUAGAGCUUCCUCCAUAUGUGAUUUGGGACCAUGAAUAAGCCAAAGGUUACGGACAAAACUGCACUAGAUGUGUGGGUUUUUGCUUGUUUUUUUUUUUGUUUUUUUUAUUUUUGGAAAAGCGUUUCUUUUUUUUUUUAUACCCUGUGAUGCUGUUUUGUUUGUAGAAAGAUAUGUUAUAGUGAUAGCAUCCCUUUCUUUCCUUUUAUCUGGAACAUCGAGGUGCAUACUCUAGAAAGACGUGAACAAAG